AUGAAUGUCAACCAGUUGCACCCUCAGCCACCCCCGCAGCUUCAGCGAACAUCUACGGAGGCCUCCGAGAAAGAGGCAGACUUCCUCGCGCUCAGGUUGUUGAACAAACGUUCACGCCUCCGCCUCUCUCCUCAACCUCUUGACCUUGAUGUCCUCCCUGCCAAAGCUCGUCUUUUUGCUGUGGCAAACCGCGCAGGCUGGUGUGCUGCAGCUAUUCGCAAUUCGGACGGCUCCUAUGCCCUUGUUCUCUCUCCCUUGAACGACCUUCACCCCGUGUUCUCAUCCUCGACCUCUGAUGGCCUACUUUCCUUGCAGUCACGCGUAUCACUCCCUCUUCCUGCAAUUCCUCAUAUCGUCGUCUUCACUCAGGAUGAUGCCCGGCUACUCGUCGCCUUCGCCAGUGGGCCACUGAGUGUGUAUGACUCCCAGGCUAUCUUCCAGUCUUCCGCUGCAGCGCCACCUCUGCAUACGUUCCCCUUCUCGGGUCGCAAGCCGGUGCGGGACAUCUUCCCUAGCCCGGGAGACAUGCAAACCGUCGCUCUCGUUCGUGAAGCUGGAGAUGGGCUCCCUGUCGAAAUUAUUGACGUUCAAAAGUUGGUAUCCAUCGGCGGAUGGAAUGCAGGAGGCUCGCCCGCCACAAACCCUACCUCAGUGUCUUGGUCGCCCAAGGGGAAACAAAUAGCGAUAGGCCUCGAAAGUGGCGACAUCGUCACCUUCAGCCCUACAGACACCUCAACGGUCAAAAGUGUCGUCCCCAAACCGCAGAGCUUGGACGGACAGAGCAUCAUUUCGACUACAUGGCUCUCGAACACAGAGUUUCACGCGAUAUAUGCCCCGGUAGGCCAGAUGAGUCCGGACGUGGAGCAGAGCCAUUACGUCCUAUCGCUCGAGUCAAAGUCUAGCACGGCCGGGGACGUCAAGCUAGCAUGUCCCUACUUGCCUUUCCCAGGAGUGAGACCUCCCGGCUCUUUCGUGACCACUCUACGUAACUGGGAGCCAUCCAGGCUGCUCCUCUUUGUUGGCGACGGCACCUCUUCGGAUAUCGGUGUUCUGGGUAGUCUGACGGACUCGGGAGCAUCAACGCUGGGCUCAUGGUUCAACCUCACGCUCGAGGAGACCUCUACCCCUACGGUUCCCCUGGACUCGGACAUGAACGAGACUGUUCUCCUGGGCCUUGAACUGGACUUGACCAACGAUCAGCCUUACAAAUAUACCGGACCGUCAGGUGAAGACAUGGAUGUGCCACCCUCGCCCAUCAUGUAUCUCUACGCCAGUGACGGUACUCUGACAGGUUGGCACAUCAUCCAGACGCAGGGGGUCGCAUAUCCAGGGAUGAUGGCCACGCGCUCUGCUUCUGCUCCCUCCAUCUCCCCGGCUACUUCAACAGCUACCGGUUCUUCUGCUCACAGCGCUUUUGCCGCUCCAGCUCCUGCCUCCGCCCAACCGAGCGUGUUUGGUGGGGCAAACAAUGCUGGUGGUGGUUUUGGCGCUUUCUCCGGUGCACCAGCGAAGUUCGGAGGUCCUCCAAUCGGCUUCGGUGCCCAGACCUCCCCCACGCAUACGCUACAGGCUCCCCCAAUGUCUGCCCCUUCGGUGUCGGUUGAGAUGGCAUCAGCUACUGAAGACACCAUGGUUUCAGAGGCGGAUGGUGGUCUCGGAGGUAUGUCACUAGGCGGCGGUGGCGAGAGCUCUCAGCCGAGACCAGGCGCGGGUACUUCAUCCAUGUUCGGCUCCUUCGGCGCCCCACAGCAGCAGAGCGCCCCCUCGAGCUCACCGUUCGGCGGCAGCGGCCCAACUUCAAACUCGACGUUUGCUACCUUCGGUGCAGGGCCCGUCAAGCCUCCUACAGGCUUUGGUGCCUUUGGCGGCGGCAGUGGUUCUUCCUCCGGAUUUGGGUCCGGGAACUCGUUCGGCAGUGGAGGGAGCGGCGGAUUUGGCAGUGGUAGCGGUAGCGCGUUCGGAGGAGGGGCGUCCGCCUUCUCCUCUAAGCCAGCGGGCGAAAACGGCGCAUCGAACCCCGCACCUACCGAUUCCAAGCCUACAUCUGCGUUCGGCCAGACCAGCUUUGGCCAAUCUGGAUUCGGUCAAUCCGGCCUUGGCUCCAACCCAAGCACCUCAGCGUUCGGGCAGUCUGCCUUCGGACAAUCCGGCUUCGGCCAGCCCUCAGUUAGCAAACCUGCGUUUGGACAGUCUGCCUUCGGCAGCACAUCUUUCGGUGCCACCACCACUCCGGCCAAGCCCCCGCCCUCCUCCGCCUUCGGCAGCGGUAGCAGUGGAGGCGGAUUUGCAGCAUUCGCGGCAGCGCCCGCAUCCUUCGCCAGUGCAGCACAGCAAAAGACGCCCGACGCUAAGCCGGUGUGGGCUGCCAGCGGAUCCCAAGCAGCGGAGCAAAAACCGCAAGAGGCUCCCAGUUCCGAAGCUACAUUUGGCGAUGGGAACGCGUUUGGUGCGAAGCCAGCAGAGUCAACCACCAGCCCGUUCGGUUCUGCAAAGCCGACGGACUCAGCAAGCAGCGCAUUUGCCUCUACCCAGCCAGCUCAACCUACAAGCAGCGGCGCAUUCGGUGGUCUUGGUCAGGGCAGCGCUUUCGGGAAGUCGUCUUUCGGGCAAUCGUCGUUUGGCCAGAGCUCCUUCGGCCAGUCAUCGUUCGGCCAGCCGUCCACGGGACAGUCUGCGUUCGGACAGUCUGCAUUCGGACAAUCGGCUACUCCAGCCACGACCCCUAUAAAGCCAGCGACGACAACGCCAUCUGGUGGAGGAUUCGCCAGUUUCGCGACGGCGGGCCCGAGCGCGUUCAGCACUGCCGCCGCGCAGAAGUCGCCCUCCAACGAGGCAAAACCUGUAUGGGCGACCGCCGCCAGUGAGGACAAGCCUAAGGAAGCGCAAGAACAGCCCAAGUCAGUGUUUGGCACCUCUCCGAGUGCUGCAAGUGCAUUUGGAGGGUCGUCAUCCGCUGCCUCAUCCGCAUCCACGACCUCUACGACCCCGGCGAGCACCCCUGAGAAGACCGCGACUCCUGUGACGCCCGCCGCGACGCCGCCAGCGACCCCCGCACCCAAGCCCCCCACUAUCCCCACUACGAGCACCACCCCAGCUGCGCCCGCACCUGGUGGAGCAUUCGGCGGGCUGACUACGUCCACGAACGCUUUUUCCAAGUUACAGUCUGGCUUCGGCGCGUUCAGCAACAUUGCGUCAGGCUCGUCGGCGUUCUCGCAAAAGCCAGCGGCCACGCCUCAGCCAAGCGCGUUCUUCGGGCAGACCUCCUUCAGUGCUGCGAAACCGCCGGAGGACAAGGAUAGCUCAUCCACGCCAGCGUUCGGUGCGCCUUCGCCUCUCGGGUCAUACUUCGGGAAGUCCAGCUUUGGCUCGAGCCCAUCCCCUUUCGGAAAGCCUGCCGCUGUCCCGUCCACACCUACCCCGAGCACGAGCACGAAAACGAGUGCGUUCAGUGCGUUCAGCAACACCGCCAAUCCGUUCGCUGCGGCUGCAAGCGGUCCCAAGAAGAGCUUCGGCGACAUGCUACGAGAGAAAGAGGAGGGCGAGAAAGAGGAGCCUAGAGCCCAAGGCGUUAGCAAGACCGCAGAGGAGUGGAAGAAGCCUGUUUCCGUGUUUGCCUCUCUCAAACAGGCCGCCGCGGAGAAGAAGGGCGAAGAGGAAGACGAGGAGGAAGCGGCCAAUGUCUCGUUCCGCUCCCAAGAUGAUGACGACGACGAGUAUGCUGAGGAUGGUAGUGAUGGAGGCGACGAUGGCAUUGACGACUUCCUCAAAUCCGACGAAGAAGAAGAGGACGGCAGCGAAGAGGAAGAGGAGGAAGAGGAAUCAGCGGCAGACGGUGUGCAAUCUCAGACGCCUCCCGACUCCCCAACUGCGAAGCAGCCGCUGUCCCAGCAAAGCCAAUCCUCGUUCUUCGUUGGCGGGGUCUUCCUUUCUAAGGACGCUGCCAAGUCUAGGACAUCAAGCUCUCCCCCUCCUGUGCCUAUCGUGAAAGUCGAACCCGAAAGCCCGAAGGGAGUUCCGCCACGGCAUGAUGAUACGCCUCCUCCAGAUUCGCCCACGGAUCGUUCAUCCGCACUCACAGAAGGCAAGGGCAAGGGUGUUGUGCGAGAGACUAGUACUACACCUCCUGGCUCUCCUGCUCCCGCUCCUCCUGCGACGCGUGCUACGUCCGCACCUCCGCCAUCCUCUCCCGCUCCCGGUCCAGGCCUGCUCGGCGUUGGUCGCCCCUCCACCCGGCCGACGCGUAGCUCGCCGCUUGCCAAUCAACCAAUCAGCGGGGAUGACGCUUCAGAUGAGGAAGAGGAGGUUAAGAGAGAGGAAGACGAUGACGAUGACGAGCGCGAGACGUCUCCAGCCAAGAAGGCUCGCUCGGCCUCUCCUGCGGUCUCCACUGUCUCUAGGAGUAGUCCAGCACAGCAGCCUACUACCAGGCCUAAAACUCCGCCGCUACUAUUCGGUCUAGGUGGCCCAGUGAAGCCACCCACCCCAUCACCUUUCUCGCUUACCCCUUCACUGUUUGGCGCAAAGCCGUCAACGCCUCCCGCCGAGACACCUGCGGAGCCCUCGAAGCCAUCGCCUCCGGGACCCUCCCUCAAGGGUCCUGGCACUCCUGGAACGCCAUCGAUAUUCAAUGCCCCGCCAGUGUUCUCCCCGCCUGCCACUACACAGGGAGGCUUCUUCGGACAGAAAUCGUUUGAUCUGAAGCCUGCCGCCGGACCCCCUGGUGGCACGUUGUUUGGGUCGAAGCUCGCCCCUCCUACCGCUCCACAGUCCACGGCAUCCCCGUUCAGCUCACCGGGUUUCUUCUCCACGCCGAUCCUCCCGUCACCAAUGCAGUCUCCAUCUCCUGCCGCUACCUCAGCUGCCGCCCCGGCUGCCGUACCCCCAUCUGCACCCCUUUUUGGAGGUAGUGCGUUCGGUGCCCCUACGCAGGCUGCGAAGCCGUCUCCAUUUGGUGGAUUUGCCAAACCUGCCACCCUUCCUGCUACAGCGACUGCUCCUGUACUUCCUGCUGUGCCCAUUCAGCCUCCACCGCCAUCCCAGGCGGCUGUCGCGCAAGGUAUGCAGACGGAGUGUCUGUAUCUGUUCUCCAGUUUGGCAAAAGAGCUCGAAGACCUCAAAGCGUUGGCCACCCGGGCGAGUGCACGCGCUACGCAAUUGAACAAGCCCGGCAGCGGAAACAAGACGGCUCAGGAUCUUUUGGACCCCACCAAGUGGAUCCUGGGCGACCUCUCGCAGUUCAAGGAGAUCAUGAAGGAGGUCGAGCGGGAGGUGGCGAAGUGGGAGAAGGAAAAAGCCACGGUGAUUUCCGCUAUGCGCGAGCUCGAGAGCGACAUGCUCAAAGCGACCACACGUAAGGAAGAGAUCGCGCGUUUCCACAGAGCGUCCCAGGACACGGAAUUCGCGCGCAUGCUGAAGGCGCGCACACUGAGUCCUGAGCACCUUGAGACGCAGGCCCAAUUGCGAAGGGAAAUCCGAACGAUGCGCGGGAGGAUACAACAGCUAGAGGACCAUAUCCAGGCCUCCAAGAAGAAGCUGAACAGCGUGAAGAAUGGGAAGCCGACUCUCAAACCGCCGUCGCUGGACACGAUCAACCGCACGUACCGCAACAUCGACAUCGCUAUCGAACAGGAGGAAGAGGGUGUCUCGUCUCUCGCCGAACGCGUUGCCCAGCUCAACCUCUCCUCGCAAGCUCGCGGCAAGCUCUCUUUCGCCACCUCAUCGCGCGACAAACGCCUGCCCGACCGCACGGACCGCAUCGGACGCGAAGUGACACCCAAUAUCGCCGCCUCGACUGCCGCAGCACUCAAUGCCGAGCGUAGUGCACAGAAGCUGAAGCGUGCGCUCCUCAAGGCUCGGAAGGAGCCGCUGCUCAACACCAAGGCCGUCGACGCUCUACCGCCUGCGCGCGAAAUACGCUCCUCCCGCAAGCCUCUGCUCUCCCCGGAAUCCGGGCUCGGCGUGGGCGCUGCGUUCGCAGCGGGGAUGAACGGCUUCCUUCCUGGCACGCCCGGAACGCCUACUCCCGCCGCCCCGGCAUGGACUGCUCCGCCUCCAGGCAGCUUCGGCAUGUCGCCUGCGUGGUCUCCGUCGCCGCCGUUCGUCUCGGAGCAGAGCCCGCCCUCCUCUGGGCGGUCGGGCGCGAUGCGUCCCCCGAAGGACCGGGGCCACGGGCGGUCUGCGCAGCCGUCACAACCCACAGGGUUCGUCAAGCCUCCGUCGCUGCCGCCUCCCGCGGGGUUCAGCUGGGGCCCGCUGCCGAAGUUCGAAUCGGCCCAGCAGACGAUCCCGGGGUUUAGCUCGUUCAGCAAUAUCAAGGCGGAAGCCACGCCAGCGGUGAAGGUGAAGGAGGAGGAAAAGGACUUGGGGUCAUCUUGGAUUGCGGAUGGCUUCGGGGCGUUGAAGAAAUGA